AUGCGCGAAAUAGACCCACUCAUUUUUGAAUACCAGCAUGAAAAGCAACGACCGCGGGAAUCGGAGGCGUUAUUGAUUCUCCGGAAGGUCGCUUCCCUGGUAAAACCCAUCAUGCGACGACGAGACUGGAAAGUCGGUACGCUAUGUGAAUUCUAUCCCCAUCAGCGGAACCUGCUUGGGUUGAAUGUCAAUGCGGGCCAGAAGAUUUGUCUACGGCUGCGGUAUCCUUCUGAUCAGCGCCAGUUCUUACCUAUCGAGCAGGUAGUGGAUACGAUGCUUCAUGAGCUAUGUCAUAUAGUGCAUGGACCGCAUAACCAGCAGUUUCAUGCACUUUGGAACCAGCUACGGGAUGAGCAUGAAGAGCUUGUCAUGAAAGGCUACACGGGAGAAGGGUUCCUUUCUGAAGGACGACGGUUAGGAGGGCGGAAAAUGCCUGUCGAUGAAGCACGCCGUGUAGCCAGAGCAGCUGCGGAACAGAGACGGUCUCUAUCUGCUGGAUCUGGACGACGACUUGGGGGUGCGCCUGUCCUGCGCGGAACUGACAUGCGCCGAGUCAUUGCAGAUGCUGCACAGAGGCGCAUAGAAGUGACGAAUGGUUGUGCCUCAGGCGCUGACAACAGUGCCGAACUUGCAGAGGAAGCCUCUAGGAAUGGCUUCCGAACGAAGGCGGAGGAAGACGAUGCCAAUGAGCGAGCUAUCAUGGAAGCGUAUAUUGAUCUGAUUGAACAGGAAGAGCGUGAGAGAUAUGGCCCUUCCUACAUUCCGCCGAGUCAUGAUAAUCCCGCUGGUCCGCGGACAACGCUGUCUCCGCCCCCUGUUCCGGAGAACAGCAGGCCGAGGGGGCCCUCGCAGCCUGCAGAGACUAUUGACCUUGUCUCAGAUGAUAAGCUGUAUGAUAAGCCGUGGUCAUGUCCGACGUGCACGCUCGAAAAUCCAGCGAACUUUCUUUGCUGUGAUGCGUGUGCAUCAGAACGUCCGCGACCAACGACCACCAGGUCUGUUUCGGGCCCUCCUACUGCUACAGCCAGUUCGAGUCAGACAAAACCAGCAGCAGUGAAAAAGAACAAGAGGUCCAUGAGUCCGUCGAGCAGGUACACGGGGUUCAAAAACCGGACUCGUGCUGUGGAAUCAUUAGCUGCCCUCGAGCGGGACGCCAACAAGCGUCCUCUCGGAUGGUUAUGUGAUAGCUGUGGAGCCUUCAUGGAAACCGAAUGGUGGACUUGUUCAAAUUGUGGCUUGAUGAAGCGCGCAUCAUGA